CCGUUACCACAUCUGCUAUAUGGGUGAUAUACUUACAUUGUUCAGCUAGGAAAUUUCCUUUAUCAUCUUUGAUUACAGCUGCUGUAGCCGCCACCCCUUCAUCAAUAAAAAACUCAGCGUCCACAUUCACCUUUACGCACCUGGGUUCUGGCUUGCACCAUCUCUGCUCCCUGGUAGUUCUUGCUUUAUCAUUAGCCUCCUGAUAAUUGUUUGUUAUUGCUCGGACUGCCAUGUGCCAUCUCGUAGGAGGUGGUGGACCACCAUUAUGAGUAAACUGCCUCCUGAUCCACCAGAGAUACCAGGACCCUACCAACACCACCUGCUUAAUGUUCAGAUUUGGUUUGAUCGCCAAGGGUACGUCCGGUGCUAGGAUUAAAUGUUCCAUAAUUAAAGAACCUGAUCUAUCAAUCCUUUUGGCUUCCUCAAUAAUUUUUGAAACUCCCAGGUUUUCCAUAAUUCUCUUGCAUGGCAGCAAUCGAAUAGUAGAUGUCUCACAUCCUCCGCAUCUUGAUGACAGAUUGGGCAAGCUCCCACUGUGGCUAUAUGUCGAUUAGUAAGUAUCGACUUUAAAGGUAUUAUGCCAUGCAUGAUGCGCUAGCAAAAAAUGUGAACUUUACGUGGCACAUUUACUUUCCAAAGCAAACUCCAUACUUCUGGUGUAUCUGAACCGCUCGGAUGUGCCAUUACAUUUGCACGAGCCUGGACAGAGUGAGCCCACUGAAUUUUGUACGCCGUUUUGACUGAGAAGUAACCUUUGCUGUCCGGAUUCCAAGCAAUGAAGUCAUCGAAGGCCCCCAGAUUCAGUGGUAUUUGCAGAAUUCGUCUCACAUCCACGGGUUAAAGAUAGAUCGAAUCAAAUCCUCGUCCCAAGUAUCUGUUAUCGGGUCAAUAAGUUCACUUACGAGGGAAAGGAUGGUUUGACCACGGUUUGAGAUUACUCUUCUAUUCGGGCUCGCUGGGAUCCAGGGAUGAUUCCAUAUAUUCACAUGUUCUCCUGUCCCGAUCCUCCAAAUAUAUCCUAAUUUGAAAGUAUCAAGGCCCUUCAUGAUGCUUUGCCAUGUAAAGGAUGAUCCGUUCUUCAAAGUUGCUUGUAGUAACUCUACAUUGGGGAAAUACUUUACUUUCAAAACUCUUGCACAUAAGCAUUCCGGGUUGUUAAUAAGCCUCCAACAUUGCUUAGAUAGCAUGGCCAGAUUAAAGGAGUACAAAUCUCGGAAUCCCAUACCACCUUCGCUUUUUGGAAAGCAGAGCUUCUACCAGGUGUACCAAUGCAUUCUCUUGUGUUCCUUAUCAUCACCCCGCCAAAAUUGAGCCAUUAGAUCAGUUAUUUCCUUGCAAAUACCUUUAGGUAAGCUGAAGACAGACAUUGCAAAUACUGGGAUAGCUUGAGCCACCGAUUUUAGGAGAAUUUCUUUACCUCAGAAGAUUGUUGCUUCUCCAUCCAUCCCUGUAAUCUCUCCUUGAUUCGUUCAUAGAAGUGCCUGAAGCAGUCGCUCCUAUCUGCUCCGACCAUGGUUGGCAGGCCAAGGUACUUGUCUGAGAGAGCUUCUGUAUCAAUAUGUAGUUCUUGGCAGAUUUCAGUCCUAGAAUCGGCUGAUGUAUUGGGACUGAAGAAUAUACUUGAUUUGGCCAAACUCACCAACUGUCCCGAGCUUUCACAGCAGGCCUCUAGAACAUGCUGUAAGGAAGCUGCAUUAAGAACAUCUGCUUUCAUAAGAAUCAGAGAAUCAUCAACAAAAAAGGUGUGAUCCUGAUGGUGCAUUUCUGCACACUCUGAUUCCCUCUAUGCCAUCAGCUUCUUCAAACUGCAGUAAACUAGAGAGACCUUCCGCACAAAGAAGGAAUAAGUAGGGAGAUAGGGGGUCACCCUGCCUGAUGCCCCUAGAAGGAAUGAACUCAUCCGUUUCUUGAUAGUUAAAUCUAACUUUUAUAUUUAACAGAGCUCACACAUGCCAUCAUCAUUUGGAUCGAGUGCUCAUGAAAACCCAUCUUGACCAUCAUAUCAUGCAGAAAGGAUCACUCCACCCUAUCGUAAGCCUUAUGCAUAUCCAAUUUGACUGCACAAAGACCUGUUCGGCCAUUUCUUUUGUUCUUUAUUUCGUGAACACACUCAUAUGCUAUUAAGAUGUUGUCCGUAAUCAUUCUCCCAGGAACGAAUGCACUUUGUGUCGGAGAAAUAAAUGUCAGGGAGUAUAUUUUUCAGUCUCAGGGCAAGCAUCUUAGAAAUGAUUUUAUAAAGAACAUUACAUAAGCUUAUGGGGCGAUAUUGAGUUACCAGCUCUAAAGCUGUUGGAGUUGCUUCAAGUGACUUUCCAUUGAAAAGGGUCCUCGCUUAGUAGGUCCUUUGCAAGAUUUAUAGUGAGAUGCCAUUUUGAAUUUGGAACAAAGGAAAAUAGGCAGGUGCGAGUAAGUUGAAUGCAUAAGAUAAUGGAUUAGGUAGGAGGACAACAUGUAUCGCGGCAUUGAAUUGCAAUUUGUUUGCCCUCUUCUGAUAUGACAUGGAACUGAAAUAAUUGGUUGGGCAGAGAAACUAAAAUCAAGACCAUGAUUUUGAAUUGGAGUGGCAUACUUGCAUUUAUAAUUUGGGUGUUUACAAGAGUGUUAUUCUUAUAUUAGGGUAGCAGUGUAUUUGAGUAUUUGGGAAAAGUCUCACACCUAGUAAAAAUAAUAUUUGUUAAUUUAUUUUUUGUCUUUAAACAAUAGUUUAUUCAAGGAUAGGAAAGCUGAUGGAGUUGCUUCAAGUGACUUCCCAUUGAAAAGGGUCCUCUCUUGUGUUGCAUGGGAUGGUCUAAAUUAAAAGAGGGAUGGAUCCUCUCCUCUCCUAAGCAUGCGGUGAGCCAGAGAGGAUGCAUGGCCAAAUAAAGUGAAACCACCAAACACAUGGCAUGCAGGCGUUGGCGCCAAAACGAACGCUCCUGCCUGCCUGCCUGCCUGCCUGCCUGCCUGCUGCAUGCAUGUCCCUCCCUCCGUCCUCAACGCCCGUCCUUGGUGAAGCUCCGGCCUUCCCCUAGCUUUCUCUUUCUCUUUCUCUUUCUCUUUCUCUUUUCCCUUCCCUGGAAGGAACUCCAGGCCGGAGCGGGAGCAGGAGCAGGAGGAGAGGGAGGCCCUCCUCUGUUCUUCUCCCUCCUCAACAUCCAUCCAUUCAAUUUAUAACUUGCCACCUCCAAAAACCUCCAUCGCCGUGAUUGCCCCAUCAUGGCGGCCGCCCGAGGCCGAGGCCGAGGCCGAGGCCGAUGCGUCCUUCUCGCUGCCGUCCUCCUCUUGACGGCGGUGGUCGGCGCAGACAUAUACAAGCCAACGGACUCCAUUCUGGUUCACUGCGGGUCGGACAAGGACGGGCAGGACGAGGACGGCAGGAAGUGGACCACCGACAAGGACAGCAAGUGGCUCCCCGACGGCGGCAAGUCCUCCAUCAUGGGCACCGCCGACGUGGCGGACCCGUCGCUCCCCUCCCCCGUGCCCUACAUGACGGCGCGGGUCUUCCCCAAGGAGACCGCCUACACCUUCCCCGUGGCCGACGCCGACCGCCACUGGGUGCGCCUCCACUUCUACCCGGCGGCCUACCACGGCAUCCCCGCCGACCACUUCUUCUUCUCCGUCACCACCUCCACCGGCGUCACGCUGCUGCGCAACUUCAGCGUCUACAUCACCGCCAAGGCCCUCACCCAGGCCUACAUCAUCCGGGAGUUCUCCCUCCCUCCCUCCACCGUCGGCUCGCUCUCCCUCAAAUUCACGCCCACCGCCAUGAACAACGCCUCCUACGCCUUCGUCAACGGCAUCGAGGUCAUCUCCAUGCCCAGCUUCUUCGGCGACCCGGCCACACUGGUCGGCCUCAACGACCAGUCCCUCGACGCCAGCGCCGCCAACCUGCAGACCAUGUACCGGCUCAGCGUCGGCGGCUCCUACAUCCCGCCCGCCAACGACUCCGGCCUGUCCCGCGAGUGGUUCUCCGACACGCCCUACGUCUACGGCGCCGCCACGGGCGUCACCUUCGAGGCCAACGACACGGUCCCGAUCAAGUACCCGGCCCCCGCCGACGAGUACGCCGCGCCCGUCAGCAUCUACGACUCGUUCCGCCACAUGGGGCGCGACCCCAAGAUGAACAAGAACAACAACCUCACCUGGGUGUUCGAGGUGGACGGCAACUUCACCUACCUCCUCCGCCUCCACUUCUGCUCGCUCAUGGAAGACAAGAUCAACCAGGUCGUCUUCGCCAUCCUCCUCAACAACAAGACCGCCACCACCACCGGCAGCGCCGACAUCAUCGCCUGGGCCAAGGAGAAGAACCCUGCUAAUCCCGGCGCGCCCGGCAAGGGCGUGCCGGUCUUCAAGGACUACGCGGUGUUCAUGCCCGCCGCCCCGGCGGGCAACGACACCAUCCUCUGGCUCACGCUGCGCCCGGACACCGCCACCAGAACACAGUUCGUCAACGCUUUCCUCAACGGCCUGGAGGUGUUUAAGGUGAGCGACGCCUCCGGCAACCUGGCCGGCCCAAACCCGGACAUCUCCAAGAUGCUGGCGGAGGCCGAGCUGGGGGCCGUGGAGGGGCAGUUCAGGGAGAAGCCGAGCAACGUCGGGGCGCUCAUCGGCGGGGCGGCGGGCGGCGCGGCGGCGUUCGGGCUGGUGGCGGCCGUGUGCUUCGUGGCGUACCAGAGCAAGAGGAGGAGGGAGCUGAGCAGCAGCCCGUCACACUCCUCCUCCGGGUGGCUGCCGGUGUACGGCGGGUCGACGAGCGUGAGCAAGUCGUCGGGCGGCAGGAGCGCGGCGACGCUCAACCCCAACAUCACGGCCAUGUGCCGGCACUUCUCGCUCCAGGAGAUAAAGUCGGCGACCAAGGGGUUCGACGAGUCGCUGGUGAUCGGCGUGGGCGGGUUCGGCAAGGUGUACCGCGGGGUGGUGGACGGGGACACCAAGGUGGCCGUCAAGCGGAGCAACCCGUCGUCGGAGCAGGGGGUACUGGAGUUCCAGACGGAGAUCGAGAUGCUGUCCAAGCUGCGGCACAAGCACCUGGUGUCCCUCAUCGGCUGCUGCGAGGACAACGGCGAGAUGAUCCUGGUGUACGACUACAUGGCGCACGGCACGCUGCGGGAGCACCUGUACAACAAGAGCGGCAAGCCGCCGCUGCCGUGGAGGCAGCGGCUGGAGAUCGUCAUCGGCGCCGCCCGGGGGCUGCACUACCUCCACACGGGCGCCAAGUACACCAUCAUCCACCGGGACGUCAAGACCACCAACAUCCUGGUGGACGACAAGUGGGUGGCCAAGGUGUCCGACUUCGGCCUCUCCAAGACGGGGCCGACGGUGCAGAACCAGACGCACGUGAGCACCAUGGUGAAGGGCAGCUUCGGGUACCUGGACCCGGAGUACUUCCGGCGGCAGAAGCUGACGGAGAAGUCGGACGUCUACUCGUUCGGCGUGGUGCUGUUCGAGGUGCUGUGCGGGCGGCCGGCGCUGAACCCGAGCCUGCCGCGGGAGCAGGUGAGCCUGGCGGACCACGCGCUGAGCUGCCAGCGGAAGGGCACCCUGGAGGAGAUCGUGGACCCGGUGCUGGAGGGGAAGAUCGCGCCCGACUGCCUCAAGAAGUUCGCCGAGACGGCGGAGAAGUGCCUGGCGGACCAGGGCGUGGACCGGCCGUCCAUGGGCGACGUGCUGUGGAACCUCGAGUUCGCGCUGCAGAUGCAGGACACCUUCGACAACGGCGGCAAGCCGCCCGAGGUCGACGACUACAGCAGCAGCUUCACCAUCGCCCAGCCGUCCAUGGAGGAGAGCCUGGCGGCCAACGCCGCGGCGCUCUCGCUCAUCAGCGAGGACAUGGACGAGGAGGACAUUGCCAACUCCGUCAUCUUCUCCCAGAUCGCUAAACCAACCGGACGAUGAUGAUCCUCUCUUCACCUCACCUGGAUCCAUAGCGUCUCCUUCUCGUGUAACAGAUGAGAUGAGAUGAGAUCAGGUCGAACGUGAUGUACUCCUCCCUACGUACCACCAGCACACAAGACAGACAUGCAUGCAUGCAUGCAGACGGAAGGCCCGUCGAUCGGCCGGGGUGGGUGCAUCGGAGACUGUGUCGUACGUACCAGCUGCUCUAUAUACUGUAUGUAUAUGUAUGUAUGUAUGUAUGUAUGUAUGUAUGUAUGUAUGUAUACGUUCCCCAAUUAGUGUAAAGGAAAACUUGUAAUACCAACUCGGGUCUUCUUCAACUGUGGUGUGGCAUAGAUUCAUGAUGUAAUCAAAUGGAAAUGGGAUGAACCAGUUAAGCGA